AUGAAGGCCAUAGUCACAAAACGGUCCCUGCCCAAGCGGUUACUCAGCUUUGCUCUUGGUAGUUCUCUUGGCGAGGGCGCACAUGUCACAGACAUCCCAAUCCCAGAAAUCACAGACGACGAGGUCCUGGUCAAAGUAGGUGCGGUUGCGCUAAAUCCAGUAGACUUCAAAGACAUCGAUUUCAUUUCACCACGAAAUAGUGUUGCUGGCUGCGACUAUGCCGGGCAGGUGACCAAGGUUGGGAAGAAUUCAGGGCAACGUUGGAAAGUGGGAGACAGGAUAGCUGGCUUUGUCCAUGGCGGCUUGUACCCUGACGUUGGCUCAUUUGCUGAGUAUCUCAAAGUUGACGGAGAUCUCGCCUGGAAAGUACCCGAGACGAUAAGCUAUGCUGAAGCAGCUACCUACGGAGUCCCAGCCGCGACGGCGAUGCUUGCACUCGCCUAUCUUGGCGUCCCUUGGACAGAUAUCGAGAAGGGUCGCGACCUCCAAGCCGAUCAAUCGCCAAUUCUCAUCUAUUCUGGUGGUUCGAAUGUCGGUCUCUUCGCGAUCCAGCUAGCCAAGAGGGCGGGUCUAAAGGUUGUUGCAACAGCAUCACCACGUUCCUUCGAUCUUGUGAAGCGAUACGGUGCAGAUGCUGUUUAUGACUACCGGUCUCCAGCAUCUGCCGGUGAGAUCAGCAAAGCCUAUCCAACCAUUACAAGCGCUUUGGACUGUUUCUCGGAGGGCGGUUCCACCACCUUUUGCGCUAAUGUGAUGAAAACGGGCAAAGUGAUAACCUUACUUGACCAAGGAAAGUCGAAUAAACCAGACAUCGAGUAUAAGUUUCUGAUUGUAUACACUGUAUUCGGUCGGCAGUUCAGCGUCAUGGCGCCACUUGGGCCUUCAUUUCCGGUUGCUCCAUCUGAUCGCCAGGCUCUUCACCAGUUUUAUGCUGGCCUGCCAAGUUUGUGCCGUGAUGGUGUGAGACCACCACCCAUCACAACCAUACAAGGCGGGUUCAAGGAGAUAUUCGAAGGCUUGAACACCCUUCGAAAAGGCGAAGGUCGGGGUACGAAGCUUGUCGUGGAAUUUAAAUGA